CAAAUAUAGCUGCAAAAACAAUUGCGGCCUACCUUUAUUUUCAAACAGAAUGAAAUCUCUAAAAUAUGCGGAACGACACAAAAAUCUCAUAACCGAUUGUUUGGGUGAUGAUUGUAUAAAAUUAAUUCUUCACUUAUUUAACUCAACAGAAUUUGUUGUACGAUAUUGCAUUCGUUGUUAGGUCGAUUACAAAGCGUACAUUUAAUGGUGCAAGGAACAAUGUGGAACUAAUCGCUUCUCAUCGCUUCGUCUGACCCAGUCGCAUAAGAAUGAGGUGGGUGAGAGAACGUUAGCAGGCAUGAACUUCUGCCGAAAGGACACGUCAUAGCAAAUUAAGUAUUUGGUAUUAGUAACGUAAAUUGACUUCAAAAAUGGGUAUAAUUUACUGGGAUUGCAUACUUAUAAUUAUAACGAUCUUGAGACACUCAUCGGGUGACACAUGGCAAGAAGUCGCCAGUCAUCCAUCAUGGAGAAAGUUGGAAGCAUUCGAGUGCGGCUACAGCGCCGCUGACCGCAUCAUCGGCGGUCUCAAUGCAGCGCUCGGACAGUUCCCAUGGAUCUUACGACUUGGAUAUACCCUGGAGGGCGAAGAAGAUCUGGACUGGAUGUGCGGCGGCGUGCUGGUGACGGACAAGCACGUGGUGACCGCAGCACACUGCGUGAAGACGGCAGACGACGGCAUUAAAUUGGUGUCAAUACGCGCGGGUGAGUAUGACGCUCGGACGGAUCCCGACUGUCAGCUGGGCGUGUGCGCGCCACCGCUCCAAGACCGCCGGGUGAGAGCCAUCCGCAGCCACGCCAGUUUCAAUAAGCCCCCCUUCCACAACGACAUUGCUGUUAUUGAGUUAGAUUCACCGUUUGACUUGAAUGACUAUGUGGCCCCGAUCUGCCUGCCGCAGCGAGACCAGUUAACGGAGUUACGAUUGGGCGAACUGGUGACGGUGGCGGGCUGGGGCAAAACGAACAUGUCCACGGACCAGCGCGCUGACAUUCUACAAUUUGUUUCGUUGCCAGUGCUAAAGCCAGAGUCUUGUAGUUUCUUCGGCAAAGGAUUUAAAGUAGAGAAGUCAGAAAUAUGUGCGGGCUCACAGCGGAACAAAGACGCGUGCGGCGGAGAUUCAGGCGGCCCACUUAUGAAAAUCUUCGAUACGGCAGAAGGACCAAAAAGUUUCCUCGUUGGUGUGGUAUCGUUCGGACCGACAGUUUGCGGAAUUAAAAAGCCAGGCGUUUACACAUCUGUACCAUAUUUCUUAAAAUGGAUUUUAGAU